UAAUUGCAAAAAAGUAAAUAAUAAAAAAGGGCACCCCUUCCACAAGGCAACCAAGCCCCAAUAAAGAAAACAACUGUUUUUUUUGGUAUAAAAACUACUGAAUUCAGUAAUAAUGUAUAUACAAAGUACUAAUCUUUAAUUUUAAAACAAUAAUAAUAUAUGGCAAUGUGAAAUACAUCUGGGUGUUGUCUCUUUUAAUUGGCCUUUUUUGAGUGUGCAGCUUCCUUCAAAAUCUGAAGGAGAAACAAUUCAGUCAAACAAAGAAAAACCCAAGAAGUCGAGGAUAAAAGGGUGUUGAUUUUCAUAGAUUUUUUAAGUGAUAUUGUUAUACAGCAAAACAGAGAUGAAUUCAUAUAGUCAAGUGGAGUCAACUCUCCAGGAAGUACUUGAAGUGAUCAAGCCCUUGCGUGAGGAUUGGGUCACGCGGCAGAAGAUCAUUGAUGAAUUGCGCGAAGUUGUUCAAUCUAUGGAAAGUUUAAGAGGUGCAACUGUGGAGCCAUUUGGAUCACUUGUGUCUAAUCUCUUCACAAGGUGGGGAGACUUGGACAUUUCUAUCGAGUUACCUUAUGGUUCAUAUGUUUCAUCUGCUGGAAAGAAACGGAAACAGACUCUACUUGGCGAAUUACAAAGAGCUUUGAAACAAAAAGACGGAUGGCAGAGAUUACAAUUUAUUCCCCACGCAAGAGUUCCCAUCUUGAAAAUUGAGAGCAGAUGGCAGAACAUCUCUUGUGAUAUUUCCAUCGAUAAUCUGCAGGGCCAAAUAAAGUCCAAAUUCUUGUUUUGGCUCAAUGAGAUAGAUGGGCGCUUUCGUGAGAUGGUUUUACUGGUCAAGGAAUGGGCCAGUGCUAAUGGUAUUAAUAAUCCAAAGGCUGGCACAUUCAACUCGUAUUCCCUCACUUUGCUGGUUAUCUUCCAUUUUCAGACAUGUGCACCUGCAAUUUUUCCUCCUUUAAAAGAUAUAUAUCCACGUAAUGUUGUUACUGAUCUCACAGGUGUCAGAGCUGAUGCAGAGAGAAGAAUUGCACAAGUAUGUUCUUCUAACAUUGCCAGGUUUAGAUCAGGCAGAACCGUAAAUCGAAGUUCUUUGUCUGAGUUGUUCAUUUCCUUCAUAGCAAAGUUUUCAGACAUAAAUUCCAAGGCCUCGGACAUGGGAAUCUGCACAUUUACGGGACAGUGGGAGUAUAUAACAAGCAAUAUGAGAUGGUUGCCCAGGACUUAUGCAAUAUUUGUCGAGGAUCCUUUCGAACAGCCAGAAAAUGCUUCGAGAGCCGUCAGUCAGAAACAACUGAUAAAGAUAGCUGAGGCAUUUGAGACAACUCGGUGUAUGCUCAUCUCAGCCAAUCUGACCCAAAGUACUCUCCUCCCUACAUUAGUCGGGCCGAAAACAUCCCGAUUUAUUGUAAAACAACAGUCUGUCAGUUCCUCAAGCUACAAUGGUGGGCACUACCCGAAUACACGUCCACAGGUGCACCGGGCUGUGCAUUCACCUUUGCUAAUGCAGCAGCACCAGUACAGGAACUCAAGGCCCGCAGCCUCGCAAAUGCAGCAACAUCAAGCUCAGAUGGUGAUGCCCUCGCCCUCAAGAGUGCAGCCUCAAUUUCCCAAAACAAGGGUGGAAAGUAGACCAAGGCCAGCACAUCAGUAUCAGAAGUCGACACCUUCAGUCUCACAAGUGCAACCUCAGUUUCUGAGAGCGAGGCCGGAAAGUUUUUCUGGCAGUUUUGCCACUCAAAGGCCUGUCCAGCUAAAACAUAAUCAAGGGCAGAUGUGGAGACCUAAAUCUGAUAAAUAGACUGUAUGGCUUGAAGCUUUGGUAUUUUGGUUGAAGAAGAAAGGGUUAAAAAUAUAUGCAUAGUCUGUGAAGUUUGACUCCAUUUUCAAUGUGAACAAUGCACUCAAACCUAAAACUAUUUUCAUUGCAUACCUUCAGUUAGCAUAUCA